AUAGCGAUAUUGCCAUGGGAAGAGUGGUGGGAGUUUGAACAAACCAAGGAUGACUCAAAUCCCCACAUCGCAUUGCUACCGUUGCAUCCUGAUUAUCGAGCCAAGUUUAAUGUUACAGCUGCUUGGGAAUAUGCUCGUAGCAUGGAUGGUAAACCAUAUGGCUAUCACAACUUGAUCUUUAGCUGGAUCGAUACCAUCAGCGGAAACUACCCACCUCCUCUGGAUGCUCAUCUUGUUGCUUCUGUCAUGACAGUUUGGAGCAAAAUUCAGCCUGAUUAUGCUGCUAACAUGUGGAACGAAGCUCUUAACAAGCGACUCGGAACAGAGGGUCUUGAUCUUCCUGAUGUGCUGGUGGAAGUGGAGAAGCGUGGAUCUUCUUUUGACGAGUUGCUGGCAGUUCCGGAACAAGAUGAUUGGAUAUAUAGUGAUGGGAAAUCAACUUCUUGUAUCGCUUUCAUCCUCGAAAUGUACAAAGAAGCUGGCCUUUUCGAUCCAAUCUCUAGUUCUAUUCAAGUCACGGAAUUCACGAUCAAAGAUGCUUACAUGCUCAAGUUUUUCGAGAACAACGCAAGUCGUUUUCCGAAAUGGUGCAAUGACAAUGACGAUGUGAAGCUUCCAUACUGUCAAAUACUUGGGAAAUAUAGAAUGGAACUUCCCGGUUACAACACAAUGGAGCCAUACCCGCAUAUGAACGAGCAUUGCCCGUCUCUGCCUCCAAAAUACCACAGACCAAAGAACUGCUAGAGCCGAAUAAUCAACUGUAUUGUCUGUUUGUUAGGAAUGACUUCGUGUUGUUAUUAUUAUGCACGAGUUAAAUUAGAAAAUUUCACUUUAAAUUGAAAAAAAACCAUUGGGAAGAUUCUGUAUA